UCACAGAUUUCUCUCUCUCUAUAUAUAUCUGGUCCUUAAUCAAUAGCAGUCAAGUAAUUAACCCAAGCUCAACCUAUUCUAAAGCCUAUUACUUCAUUAACAAUGAAAAUGCCAAGAACAGCAACCAUUUUCCUAGCUGGGCUUCUUCCCAUUGUGAUUCUCCUUUCAAUAUCUGCAGCUCAGGCUACAAUCACGUGUCCCGCGGUUAUCCAGGCGGUCACGCCUUGUGCUAGCUUCCUGUUGCAAAACAGCUCCCCCUCUCAGGGAUGUUGCGAUGGUGUCAAGAAGCUGAGUGGUGAAGCUGGAACACAAGAAGGUAAAACAGCUAUAUGCCAGUGCUUGAAACAAGGAUUGGCCCAGGUUGGGAAAUACGAUCCCAAUCGUGUAUCUGAACUUCCCAAAGAUUGUGGGGUGCCUCUUACCCUUCCUCCUAUUGACCAGAACACUGAUUGCACCAAAGUUAACUUUGCGAAGUACAGUUAAUCCUGCUUCUAAUGUUCACAGAGAAGUGCUGCCACUGGAAACACGACAAGGGAAUCUUACAUGGAAGUAGAAAACUAAAUAAAUGUCAACCAGGGAUGUAUGACUAUUAGUGAUGCAUAAAUAAAGAUAUAUGUAUGAAACCUCCCUUGCCAACAGAAUAAAAGUAUAUCUAUAUAUUUUUCUCCAAAUUUCUAUUUUUUUCCUUUUUCCUUUGGUUUCUUUUAUUUCUCUUUAUUUGGUACUGCUCCAUGAAGUAGUUCUCAUUAAAAAUUGUGA